AUGGUUGACGCGCUGCCGCAGUUUAUGCCAAUGGAUAACUCACUGCUCAAUGGGAACUGGCGAUACCGAUACGAGUUUGUGAAGCAAUGUAACAAGCUUUGCGCAAUGUAUGGUAUCGAGGAGAUCAAUAGAACCAUGAGCGCUAUCGCACUCACUUUGGCCAACGAUAGAGUAGCAGAAGUACGGAAGGAGGCGGUCUCACUUCUGUCGCAAAUUCUCGCACGAUUAGUGGAUCAUGAAUGGUCUUACCUGACGGGUGAUGUUGAGUCGAAUGCUCAUUCUUCUUCAUCCACGUCAUUAACAGAGCUUUUCGUCCAUGAUUUAGUCAACGGUUUCGCAAAUACCCAGAAGUGGACUCGUCGUCAAACAUUUGUGUUUGUUUGCGAACGCGUGCUCAAGGAUCGUUCUCUAUCGCAAGAGCAGUUCCGGCUUUUCCUUUUGCCUCAUCUUCUAUCAAUGGCAUCUGACGAUGUCGUAAACGUCCGAAUAGCUGUUUGUCGCGCACUUUCUCUACUUGGUCCAUCGUUACAUUCUGCGACAACGAAUGACUUCAAGACUACGUCCUCAUUGGACGUUAGAGUCGUGCUGGAGCAACUGGUAAUGGAUAACGAUAUGGAUGUUUCUAGAGCAGCUAGACUUGCCAUGGGACAAAUGGUCGGCAGAGAAACGGUUGACAUUUCCACGCGAGGCUUUCGUUUAUGGGAAAGAGAGAAUGCAUUUUUGCAAAUGACCGACAAUUACGACGACAAAGAUAUGAGUUUAUGUUCAGACAAUAUGAGCGAAGAUGCCUCGGUUCAUGCAUCACAUGAUGUGCUUUCCUCCAAGUAA